AUGAUGCACAUGCCUUUGGAAGUAACGCAGAGCCUGGAGGAGCGGUGUAACCAGAUCCUGAGGAAUAUGGAGGCCUCCCUGACAGCCCGGGAUCGCGUGGGCAUCCAGGAUUUUGUUCUCCUGGACGCCUACACGAGUGAGAGUGCCUUCCUGGACAACCUGAGGAAACGCUACCAUGAGAAUCUGAUUUACACCUACAUUGGGACUCUCUUGGUUUCGGUCAACCCAUAUAAAGAGUUAGAUAUCUACAGCAAGAAGCAAAUGGAUACCUACAUGGGUGUAAACUUCUUUGAGCUGCCACCUCAUAUUUAUGCACUGGCAGACAACGUCUUCCGCACCAUGCAGUCAGAGUUCAACAACCACUUCAUCCUGAUCUCAGGGGAGAGUGGGGCCGGCAAAACUGAGGCCUCCAAGAAAAUCUUGCAAUUCUACGCUGUCAGCUGUCCAAGUACCAAGCUCCUGAACAACGUCCGGGACAGGCUGCUUCUCUCAAAUCCAGUGCUUGAGGCUUUCGGAAAUGCCAAAACUCUGAAGAAUGACAACUCAAGCCGCUUUGGGAAAUACAUGGACAUCCAGUUCGACCACCAGGGAGGUGCAGUUGGUGGUCACAUCCUGAGUUACCUGUUGGAGAAGUCCCGUGUGGUCCACCAGAACCAUGGAGAAAGAAACUUCCACAUCUUCUAUCAGCUGGUGGAGGGAGGUGAGGAAAAUCUGCUCCGCUGGCUUGGCCUGCAGAGAAACUGCCAGCACUACAGUUACCUGGUGCAGGUCAGUAGAAAAGGUGAUUGUGCCAAAGUUAGCUCUAUCAAUGAUAAAAGUGACUGGAAGACGGUGCGCAAAGCCCUCUCUGUUAUAGAGUUCAGUGAGAGUGAUACUGAGCACCUGUUUGGAAUAAUUGCUAGUGUGCUCCAUCUGGGCAAUAUCAAGUUUGAAGCAGAUGUUAGAGGAUACGCCUCUCUCAACAACAACCAGGAAAUGCACUGGGUGUCAAAGUUGCUGGGGAUUCCUACUCAGGUGCUACAACAGGGCUUAACCCACAGGAAGAUUGAAGCCAAAACAGAGGAGCUGUUCAGUCCCUUCUCUGUGGACCAUGCAGUAUAUGCCAGGGAUGCACUUGCCAAAGCCAUCUAUGGUCGCACUUUCAACUGGCUGGUCAACAAGAUCAAUGAAUCCUUAGCUAACAAGGAUUCCUCCAGGAAAACUGUGAUUGGUCUGUUGGACAUCUAUGGUUUCGAGGUUUUCAAUGUGAACAGCUUUGAGCAGUUUUGCAUCAACUACUGCAACGAGAAGUUGCAGCAGCUUUUCAUCCAGCUGACCCUCAAGUCAGAGCAGGAGGAGUACGAGAUGGAAGGGAUUGAAUGGGAACCAGUGCCAUAUUUCAACAACAAGAUAAUAUGUGAUCUUGUGGAGGAGAAACACAAAGGAAUCAUCUCCUUAUUGGACGAGGAAUGUUUACGUCCCGGAGAGGCCACAGAUCUCACCUUUCUGGAGAAGAUGGAGGAAACGAUUGGUGGUCACCCUCAUUUUGUCACACACAAGCUUGCAGACCAAAAGACUAGGAAAACACUGGAACGAGGAGACUUCCGCCUCUUGCACUAUGCUGGGGAGGUUACAUACUGUGUUGUUGGAUUCUUGGACAAAAACAAUGAUCUCUUGUAUCGAAAUGGGAAAGAGGUCAUGCGAAAGUCCAAGAAUGCUAUCAUCAAACACUGUUUUCCUUCUACUGAACCGGAUAGCAAGAGGAGACCUGAAACUGUGGUGACACAGUUUAAGACCAGUCUGGUGGGCUUGACUGAAAUAUUAAUGUCCAAAGAGCCCUGGUACGUCCGCUGCAUUAAACCCAAUGAAGCCAAGCAGCCAGGACGCUUUGAUGAUGUGUUGGUGAGACAUCAGGUGAAGUACCUGGGUCUGAUGGAACAUCUGAGGGUCAGGCGCGCUGGGUUUGCUUACCGACGCAAAUACGACAUCUUUCUCCAGAGGUAUAAACCUCUGUGUCCGGACACCUGGCCCAACUGGAAAGGUACGGCAGCAGAAGGUGUGCAGUGCCUGAUCAAACACCUGGGCUACACACCUGAUGAGUACAAGAUGGGCAGGACAAAAAUUUUCAUCCGGCACCCUAGAACUCUGUUUGCAACAGAAGAUGCCUUUCAGGUCUGCAAACAUAAGCUAGCAACAAAGAUUCAGGCCAAGUACAAAGGCUACAGAGUGAAAGGAGGCUACCUGAAACAGAAAGAGGCUGCCACUAAGAUUGAAAACUGUUGGAGAGGUCUGAUGGCCAGAAAGGAGCGUGAAAAGAGGGCAUGGGCUGUCAAGGUCAUCAAGAAGUUCAUUAAAGGUUUCAUGACUAGGAAUCAGCCAGCCUGCAUUGACAACAGUGAGUACCUGGCGUAUGUGAGGCAGAACUACAUCACACGGCUGACAGAAAACCUUCCCAAAACAGUCCUCGAGAAAGACUCUUGGCUCACCCCUCCGCCUUUAAUGAAGGAGGCUUCCCAGCUCUUGAAGAAGCUUUACAUUCGACACAUGGUACGGAAGUACGUUCGAGGAAUCACCCCACAGAGGAAAGCACAGGGUGAUCUGGUUCUGCAAUGUGACUACCUGUUUGAAGCCCUGACUAAACUGAGUGUUAUUGCCAACAAGCAGAACUCCAUCAAAGUGGUCCAGGGCAGUGUGCGAUUUGACAUCCAGCCUGGUAGAGAGGGGUUUGUGGACUUCAAGAGUGGUCAGGAGUCCAUGGUCUACAGGGCAAAGAAUGGCCAUUUGAUGGUGGAAUCAACAAAAACCAAGUCCAGAUGAUGUUGCCAGUGAUUUGGGAUGAUGUUGCUG